ACUUAAAAUCAAAUCAAUUGAAUGCUCCAUUCUCAUACAUUUCCAUUUGCUUCAUGAGCGAGUACCUUUUAGCGCAACAGCACCAUCUACAUAGGAUGUUUUCCAGGCUGUUAACCAGGUUCUCCGCACACAUCGCACUGUCGCAUGCCCUAUCUUCGCCAAGUAUAAAAGUCCAGGUUCACCUACCCAAUCCAGUAGGUAGUAUGUAAACAGCAAUGAUAAGCACCGUAGCUGAUUCCGGCAUAUCUGCCCUGUAAAACGAAGGCGGGAAUGCAACAGGGCUAUAAUGUUGCCUAGAAAAUAGGGGAAACCAAGAAGACAUGCCUUUUCAGUUAGCAAGCCAAGACAUUUUAUGAUCGGCAACACAAUUAAUGUCGUGCUCAUUAGGAUCACAUAAAAAGCUCUCAUGGCCCGGUGGCGGCUGUCUAGCUUUCUAGCUUCCUUCCUUCACGUCCUAUGAUAUUAGGGGCGCGAGGGUAGAUUCUGGUCUUGCACAAUUUGGAUGAUGCAUUUCACGAAUGCACGCAAAUGCCGCCAGACAGUCCUCACGACUGUCUUGGCCGGCGCGUUUCUGGCGAGAUACACUCGCGCUGGACCAAUUGUCGCACGGAGCGAACCGUUCCAAGUGCUUGAUCCGCAAAAUUGGGUAAAUCCGGACAACAUGACUUGGGCGGACUACAAAGUGCCCCCAGGAACAUCGUGGAAUGACCCGAGCCGCAAGGGUUCUAAUCGGAACUUCAACAUCGCCCUCGUCGCCGUCGAUUACCCGGAUAUGCCCUUCGUCAUCACGCAAGCGGUGAACUCGACCCCGUUCGGGAACCCACAGCCGAUUCUUUCCGGUUUGAACCGCUCAGAGGUACCAGCUUUCUACCGGGAUUUCCUCAAUAAGCCCCAGGACCUGAACCACAAUCGUACUUUGCACGAAUACUGGAUGGAAGAUUCGGGAGGCCGUUUUGGCGUGGAUUUAACUGCCUUCGGCGCAUAUCAGCUCCCCAGCCGCUCAUAUCAAUACGGCAUAGACGACGAGCGAGGAGGAUUCAAUGAGGGGGCUUGUCCUACAGCAGGGCCAUGCUCAAUCGACCUACGAACAGACGCCCUAGGGGCCUGGCGCGCCGACGUAGGUAACGAGACAGCCAAUUCGUUCGAGCUAGUCUUCAUCCUGUCCGCGGGUCAGGACGAGUCCUCCACGUGGCAAGAAUUCGGAGAGAUUAAGUUUCAGACUCCGCAGGAUGUUCCGGAUUCUUUCGGACCUCCGGGCGACGACGCGUUGCCUAAUUACGCUGAGACGAGAUACGUGAACUGGACCUCCUGGGCAGCCGCAAGCGCAAUCUGGCCGAAUGCCGGGGGCGGCUCAUCGACACAGGCGGAAAGCUCGGGAAUGUCAACUUACGCGCACGAGCUAACCCAUCUCCUCGGCAUCGGCGACAACUACAACAACCCGUACGGCAACCCGCCGCGUCGCGCGUACACAGGCCCCUGGUCCAUGCUAUCACGCGGCAGCUUCAACGGGCCAGGGGGUCCCCACACGCGCUGGCAGAUCCCCGCAACGCAAGGCGGCUCCCUCGGCUCACUGCACACGAUGGGCGACAAAAUGCGCAUCGGCCUCGUCGCCAACUCCAGCGUUCUCAUGGUCUCGCGCUCCGCGCUCCCGAGCUCCGGCCCCGUCGUCGCCGAAAUAACCGCGCGCUGCAUCAACCCCGGCGAAAACGAAUUAAUGGGUCUCCACGUCAUCAUGGGCGACGACCUCUCGCCCUCGUGUAAUACCAGCACAGACGCGCUGUGCGAUGGCGGCGGGUACAAUAACUACGAUAUCGAAGUGAUCGACCGCAUGGGCGCGGACUCGUUUACGCCGGACUCGGGGGUCAUGAUUAGUAAGACGAAGGAUAGAGAUAAUGCGCCGUUUCAAUGGACGAUUGAUGCGAAUCCUCAGGAUAUCGAUGUGAUUGAUUUCUUCCGCCCUGAUGGCACGCCUUCCCCGCUGAGUAUUGGCGAUUACCGACAGCUUGCUGAUGCGCUGUUCCAUGCGGGUACGGACUCCGGGAGUGAGUUCGAGUAUGUUGAUGAGGCGAAUAGACUGCAUUUUUAUAUUGUGGAUAUCCGCCGCGAUGAUGUUGGUGUCUUGCAUUAUACCGUGGGUGUACGGUCGUUGGAUGGUAGUGGAGCUAAUACUUAUGGCGUUGAGAUGGAAAAGGGGCUAGUUGCGGAGGGGCCACUUGCUAGAGCUAGUGUCAACGGCGUGACUUGCGCGUUUCAGCUGACGAAUUCCGGGUCUUAUACGGCUAUCAAUGAUGAAGCGCAACACCCGCAAGACAUGUCCGCGUACUUAGGCUCGGAUAUCUAUCGGCUCAGCGCGGAGGUCGACGGCGAGGGAUGGACUGUAGGGGUGGUGAACGCGUUGGCCACGGUAAAGUUCGGUGCGGUGACCCCUGUUAACGUAGCUGUUAAGGCGGAAGUUGAGGCAGCUGGCACGGCGGUUGUUAAGUUGACUGCUACGUCUGAGUCUGAUCCGACUGUUUCUAUUACGCAGGAAUGCCAAGUCAAGAAAUGAGAGGAUAAAGAGUUGUAGAAUGGUCAUUAUAAAUAAUUCUGGGGUUAUAUGCCAGGGAAUCGAAUGUGACUUUGUUUGAUCUCAAUAUCUAUUACAUAUGCAUGUCAUGUCAUCCGUCAUGUGCAAUAAGCAAGACUCGG